AUGGCCGACGAAGAGGACCCCGAUGCGUUCUACACCCUCGACCACGGCGCGUCACGGCUCCCGGGCGCAACGGACCUCGUUCGCUCGACGCGUGCCAGUUGCGAAUCCGCCGGCAUGUUUGACGACCAGAGUCUGCCCCCGACGCCCGUGCCCGACGACGUGCCCUGCCGCUACAAGACAGGCAAGUGCCCGUACCCACGCGCGAUCAAAGUCAACAAGAAGGACGGGUCGGGCGCGCGGCUCCUCCUGUGCGAGCGCCAUCGACGGCUGCAAAACAAGACCAAGAAGCGCAGCGACGUCAAGUACAAGGACGACCGCGCGAUUCUCCGCGUCGUCAAGCGGCUCACGCCCGACGUGCCGAUGGCGGCGCUCAAGGCGCAACUCCUCACGGCACCCACGACGCCCGACCCGCCCGCGUUUUCAUCGUACGAGCUCGACAUGCUCGCGUACUACCUCUUAUGA